AUGCCGGAGCUGCAGGCCGAGGUGGCAAGCUACGACUUGGAUGUGCGCGACGCCACGUGCGACCAGCUCCGGGUGAUCUUGCGUGCGCUGAGGGCCGAGGGCCGCGAGAGCACGCCGCAGGGCGACUACAUCCCGGGGCUCGGCAAGAAGAACAAGGAGGAGCUCCAGCAGCUGUGUCGGGACCGCCAGAUCGAGUUCGACCAGCGCACGCCCGUGCCGGAGCUCAGGCAGCGCCUCAAGGGCUGGAAGGUCGAGGACGCGGUCAGCAGUGCCGCGGCGACGGUGGCUCAUCCGAGCUCACAGAUCACCAGGGCCGACAAGAUGCGCUUUGGCAAGUACCCCACGGCGGACUACCGCUGGGUGCUCAAGAACGACCUGGGCUACGCGCAGUGGGCGGUCCUGGAGCUCAACAACAAUCGGGCAAGCCCACUCCUGGCGCGGUUUGCCAGGUGGGUAAAGGCGCACGGAGUGCAGCCCCUUCCCCCGGAGAAGGCCAAGACCACCUUGGAGGCAGUGAUGGCCGAGGAGGUGGUGCUGGACGACGAAUGGGUGGCGCCAGCGGCGACGACUACGAGGGCCUCAGGAAGCCAGGGGAGCUGGGCCGGGCAUCGGCGACAGCGACCUCCGGAGCCGCACGAGAUGGACACCAGCGACAUGGGCUUCGAGAAAGCGGGCGAGACCGACAAGGAGGAUCGCCCGAGCGGCAUCAAGAAGGGCAAGCGCGUCGGCCUCCUCUACCAGGUCACGGGCUUGCUGAGCGCCUUCGCCUUUCAGACGGUGCUCACCGCGGACUGGCUGGCUAGACCUCUCAAGCCCGUGGUGCAGCAUGCUACCAGUGCUGCGCGAGACGUGGUCGACCACGUCCAGGACGUCAAGGAGGCCUACAGCGUUCGCAGCCACCGCGUGGACGUCAUGCAGGUGUUCGGAGGCGAAGGCGGCAUCACCGAGGCGGCGUGGAAGCGCCGGAUGACGGCCACAGAGCAGAAGGACCUCGACGCGACGUACGACCUGCACUACGCCUCAAGGCCGAAGUUCGUGUCAAUCGAGCUACCCUGCACCCACUACACGAACAUCACGCACCUCAACUUUCGGACGCCGCAGGUCAGGCAGGCGCUCCGACGGAUCUGGAGGACGGAGCGGCCGUUCCUUUUAUUGGCCCGCGACCUCUUCAAGUACCAGCUCGACUCUGGCGACAUGGCCAUGAUCGAGAACCCGGCCACCUGCCGGCUCUGGACACAGCGCGCGAUUUUGGAGUUACUGGCAGACGAGCGCGUGUACCAGGUGAGGUGCGACAUGUGCGAGUACGGAGCUCGACGCUACAAGACGGGGGGGCUCAUCAAGCACCCCACGAAGCUGCUCGUUACCCACAAGGAGUUCGAGCAGCUGAAGCGCACCUGCAGCCACAAGCACCACGACCAGACCUUUGGGGACAACGUGGCGGUGCGCAAGUCUGGCGUUUAUCCCGCUAAGUUCUGCAGAGCGGUGGUGCGCAUUGUGGAGCAGGUGAUUCGCCAGCAAGGAGGGCAUCGCGCCUACCAGGUGGACUGCCAGUCGCACUCGUCGCCCUUCAUCGUGACAGUGCCCAGGGAGCAGGCCACCGCCUACGUAAACGACACCGCGCCCCUGGGAGAGACGGGCGAGCCUGAUGGGGACCCAGACCCCAUGGGCGGCGGAGACGACUUCGCCGACACUCACGACGUGCGGGCUGAAGAUACUGUGGACGGCAGGAUCGGGGUCGGCGCGAUGACUUUCACAAAGACAGCAGCGGCCUGCUGCAAGCCAGCCGAGCUGGCCAUGCUCAAGAGACUCCAUGUCAACUUGGGCCAUCCGUCUAAUGAAGAUUUGGGCCGCAGCUUGCGACUCAAAGACGCUAAGUCGGCCACCGUCCAGGCCGUCAAGGGGCUGAUCUGCGGGGUGUGCCGCUCGCAGCAGCGCCCGAGCGCGAGGAGACCAGCGCACCUCCACUUCGUGCAAGAUUUUGGAGACGACGUCGGCUUCGACUGCUUCGAGCUCAAGGACGUCGACGGCAAGAGCUACUGGUACUCCAGCAUCGUCGACCUGGCCACCACCUUCCAUGUCGCGACGCUGAUCGAUCGCCACACCAGCCAGGAGUUCGCUGCCGCGUUCGAGAGGUGCUGGGCCUCCUGGGCGGGCGUGCCCGACCGAGUUCACUUCGACAUGGAGAAGGGGUUCGGCGGCGCCCUCAGCGAGCUGUUCCAGUCAUUCAACACGGUGCAGCUGCCCAUCGCUGGUCAGGCACAUUGGCAGCUCGGUCGCGUGGAACGCCACGGAGCUUGGUGGAAGGAGCUCGCGGCGAGGACGAUCGAGCACUCGUCGAUCAGGGGCGAGGACGAGAUGCGGACGCUGGCCAUCAUGGUAUCGGGCGCGAAGAACUCGCUGAGAAGGCGAGCAGGCUUCAGCCCCGCGCAGUGGGCGCUGGGACGCGACCCCAAGAUGCCUGGAGACCUGGUCGACGACACGGCCAACUACAGCGCCCACAGCCUCGCGGCCAACGACGAGAAGAUUCGCCGCCGAUAUGCCAUUCGGACGGCGGCGCGCGAGUCGUUCAUGAGGAUGCAGAACGACGACCAGCUCCGGCGAGCUAUGCUGGCUCGCGCGCGCACGGUGGCGACGCCCUUGUCAGUGGGCGAGAUGUGCUACGUCUUUCGCCAGGUCAAGAAGAAGGAGCAGCGGGAGCAGCACAACCGCAACGCCAAGAAGGGCAUCUGGCGAGGGCCGUGCGUAGUCAUCGGCCACCAAGGCGAGAACACCUGGGUCUCGCUAGGAGGGCACGCCAUGCUGGUGGCCCCGGAGCACAUCAAGGCACUCGCUCCGGACGACGUCUGGUUCCCGAACGGCAGGGGCGAGAUCGGUCAGGCCGUGGCCGAGCUCAACCGGGCUCGCGACUCGCUCGAACAAGAAGAGGCUCAGGUGGAGGACAUCCGCCCGGCGCCUGGCGAGCCCGAGGUCAAGCCAGACGAGAUGGAGCAGGCGUGGCGGGAAUUCAUCGACAACCCGGACGACAGCGACCUCAGGCUGAACGUCUCCGAGGAUCCGCCCCAGCAGGAGCAGAUCCAGGUGCUGCCCGCCGACGUGCCGCAACAAGCUGAAGAAGAGCGAACCUACGGCCCUGACGAGUUCCGACGACGUCGAGCUACCUUCGACGGAGGGGACAGCGGCGACUUCGGCCCGGCCUUCAAGCGACUCCAGACCGAGAGGGAGCACGCAGGCUCUGGCGCCCUGCCCGCAAGGGCAACUUCGCGGGACCGCGCGGCGGCCCCCGAUCAGGAGGCAGCGGCCGGACCCGAAGCAGGAGGAGCCCGCCAACGUUCGAGGUCGGCUCCAAGACAAGCAUUGCAAACCUCCAUCGUGACCGAGAGGAUCAAGCGCAAGCAGGCCGACAAGGAGAUCCACUGGAGGGCCAUCAAGGACUCUGAUCGGGAGCUCUUCAGGGAGGCGGCCGCCAAGCAGUGGAGCGAGUGGCAGAAGUAUGGCUCUUGUCAGGUACUCUCCAUCGAGGAGUCCGAGGCGAUCAAGGGCAUGAUCAAGCCCAGCCUCAUCCUGCCCAGCCGGUUCGUGUACCGGGACAAGAACGCCCCGCUGCGGACCGACAAGCAUCCGCUGCCGGUGAAGGCAAAGGCCCGACUCUGCGUCGGGGGUCACAUGGACCCGCGCCUCGCUCAGGGCGACCUGCGGACGGACGCGCCCACGGUCACCCGCAACUCGACCAUGCUGUUCUUCACCAUCUGCCAGAGGUUCGACCUGGAGAUCUACGCAGCGGACGUGGAGGCGGCUUUCAUGCAAGGCGACGAGCAGCCCGACCAGCAGCUGUACAUGGCCCAGCCUCGCGAAGGUUUGCCUGGGCUGAACCCGAAGCAGCUGAUCAAAAUCCUCAAGGGAGUUUUCGGGCUGGCCACGGCACCGAGACAAUGGUGGGCGAAGCUCAAGAGGACAUUGCUGGCGGUGGAGGAGAAGCUGGGCGACAACUACGUGUUUCGCCUACGCCAGCACUCGCUAGACCCAGCGCUGUACUACGGUCACGACCAGCACGGUGAGCUCUGUGCGGUGGUGGUCGCCCACGUGGACGACUUGCUGCUGGGGAUCUCGCACAAGUACCCGGGCCUCUACGACAGGCUUCACAAGCUUUUGCCCUGGGGCGACUGGCGAGGCUUGCAUUUUACCUUUUGCGGCAAGCAGGCCUGGCGAGAUCAAGAGGAAGUACUACAUCUACGACAGACCGACUACGCGAACACCAUCGAGGAGAUUCCGUUCAGCAAGGAGCGCAAGACGGACCUGUCGUCAGAUGCUACGCCAGCCGAGUUCUCGGACAACCGCUCCGCACUCGGAGCGCUCGGGUGGCUUUCAUCGCAGACUCGUCCCGACCUGGCAGCUGGAGUGGCCAUGGGGCAGCGGACCCAGAACAAGCCCACCAUCCAGGACUUGCUCGAGACGAACAGGCUCAUCAAGUUGGCGCGGAAGCACGCGGACGUGGGUUUGGAGUUCCCUAAGUUACGUGGACCUCUGUGCCUGGUGACGUACCACGACGCCAGUUGGGCCAACGCUGACGAGCCAGCUGAAGGCGCCAUCUCCAAGUUGCUCGCCAAGACCGUGGGGGCAACCAGUAAGGACAAGAAGAUCAAGAUUCGCUCGCAGGUUGGCUACGUGAGUUUUCUCGCAGAAGCCAAGCUACUACGCGGAGAUCGAGCUCGAGCAGGAAUUGUUGAUAGGAGAUCGGGCACCAUCAAGAGAGUUUGCAGAUCUACGUUGGCAGCCGAAACGAUGUCGGCAGUAGACGCUCUAGGCUGUGCUCAGAUUGCACGCUGUGUUUUCGCUUCGCUAGAGAUUCCGGAUGCCCAUCCAGAGGACAUCCCGCCGAGUCUGUUGCCGCUCGCUCAGGUCACAGAUUGCGCCAGCUUGUACGAUACGAUGCAUAAAGACGGUCAUUCCAAGCUCCCGUCAGAGCGGCGCCUUUUGCUCGAUCUAGUGGGCCUCAAGGAGUCACUAGAAGAGGAAGUUAGCAACGAGUUUGUCGCUGACGAUCAGCGCAGCCAACUACCCCUCUUUUGGGUUCCGACUGACCAGCAGCUCGGUGAUCAGUUCACCAAGCGAUCGGACGGCAGUGCCAUCAGAGCAGUGCUGCGAGACACACGUCUCGCUUUGCAGCAUCAAGAGCCGACGGACCAGGCCAGAGAGCACGAGGCACACCUGACCAGUGCCGGCUCACUUUUCAAGCGCGCAGUGCGCCUGGUUUCAUUUUAG